CAGACAUGGCAUUGUAUGUGAGUUGCUAAAAGUAAGAUGCUUUCCAUUCAUCACUCCAUAUAUAUAGCCAUACUGGUUGUUCACUUUCUUAAAUUCAAUGGCUGUAUAAGCCCUGGUAAGUUAGUUAAAUCCAUACCAUCAAGAUGAAUUCUUUUGAAUUCUAUUUAACCUCUGUAUGUGGAGGCGUUCUCAGCUGUGGAAUCACACAUGCUGGUCUCACUCCAUUUGAUCUUGUCAAAUGUAACAUGCAGGCUAACCCAUCUAAGUUUAAGAGCGUUAGCUGUGUACUUGGACAGCUUUGUGAAAAGCAUGGUGUGGGGGCUUUGUUCAGAGGAUGGUUGCCUACAUUGGUGGGAUACAGUGCUCAGGGUGCCAUUAAAUUUGGAUUGUAUGAAUUCUUCAAGAUAUUCUAUGCUGACAUAGUUGGACCAAAAAAUAAGACCCUGAUAUGCAUGGCAGGAUCCGCAUCAGCAGAGUUUAUUGCUGACAUAGCUCUAUGCCCAUUUGAGGCUGUUAAACUUCGAGUACAAACUCAUCCUGACAUGACACAAGGCUUCGUCCAAGCUUUUGCAGAUCUCUGGGCUACCCAAGGUUACAAUGGAUUUUACAAGGGUCUGCUGCCUCUGUGGGGAAGACAGAUUCCAUAUACAAUGGUGAAAUUUGCUUGCUUUGAGAAAACAGUGGAUAGUAUUUACAAGUAUAUGAUUCCUAUACCAAAGGAGAAGUGCUCCAAGGCAGUACAGUUGGGAGUAAGCUUUGCAGCAGGUUACAUUGCAGGUGUCUCUAGUGCUGUUGUUUCCCAGCCAGCAGAUAAUUUGUUUUCAAUCCUUAGCUGUAGCAGUGGUGUAUGUGUCAUAGAUGCAAUUAAGAACAUUGGUGUGGUUGGCUUAUUUACUCGAGGAUUGCCACUUCGUAUCUUGAUGGUGGGCACUAUGACUGGAGCACAAUGGGGCAUAUAUGAUGCUUACAAGGUUUAUGCAAAACUGCCCACUUCUAGAGCUAUGGCAAGAGAUUUGAAAAUGUAAGGCUUAUCUAAACAAUAACUCUCCAGCUUCUCCUGAAGAGGAUCACAGGACACUGUGAAUGAGUAUCCCAACAUUAUGUUGGGAUGAAUGCAGCAGUUGAUUGGAUAAUUCCAACAAACCAGGGAAUCACUUGUGAACUUCUCCAUGAACCCCAAACUCAAUUAAUUCCCUUAAGCUGCCUGGGCUACAUCACACUAACCACAAAGUGCUUAGUGUAAGGGAAGACCCUAACCUAAAUUUCAUAGGGUCUUCCGCCAUGUUUGCUUCAUUGUAUAGUUCAUAUAUAUCUGUAUUCAGAAUAACUGGUAGGAUUUAUUGUGGAAGUUCAGAAAUCCAUUAUUCAUGAUGUUAUUUUGUUGUAAUAAAUUCGUUUGUUUAUA